AUGACACCGCAAAUAUCGGUGUUUCUUCAGCUUCCAAUUUCUCAGACACCAAACAUGAAAACGACGGUUCAACAUCAACUGGAUACCUUCUGUGAAGUUUGUUAUUUAACAGUAUCCUCGAGGGUUUCACUUUUGUCUGAGUUUUGUGAAUUUGGGGUUUGAACAUUUUUACUUUAGCAUUCUGCGCACCAUAUCCGGAGGAUUUGAUUUUUUGGUGGAAAGCGACUGGACGAUUUAAAUGAUUGUCACUCGAAUUAUUCUUAUUAACAAGACACCGAACACCUGGUCUUGCAUUCAAAACAGACGACUGUUUUGCUUUAGAAGCAUUAGAAGAGUUGUUAUGAGCGAGUGCUUUGAUGAAAGGACUCAAUUCAUCCAAGGCAGUGGCAGCUAAGAAGGAUAGGGCUGCAAAUCCAUUUUCACUGAUAUUGGUAGCAGAGAAUUCAUUAUUGCAAUUGGAAAAUACACUUUUAUCCAUAGAGGCCAGUACAUAUCUAUUAUUGAGUGACUGAAGAGCGAGGACAACUUCACGUAGAUGUAAAGCAGAACCAGAACAUAAAACAAUCUUCAUUUUUAAGACAUCAAAAUCGAAAUCAGAAAUGGCUUUCCGAUGUAUUUCGGAAAUACACCUAUAGAAAUAAAAAAUAA